CAACCAACUGUUGCUGUUAUAAAUCUUUAAAGAUAUCUCUACAACAAAUAGAUAAACAAAUAGCAACUGCACCUCAACUGUUAAUACUUUUGAGUUCAGUUACCAAUUACAAUAUACGUUUUACAUUAACCGUAUCGGACACCCCAAGUUAUGUUUUUAUUAAUUUCAUGUUGACUGUAUUUUCUUCAAAAAUACGAGAUCUUCAUUAAGUCUCUAUACCAUGUUCAAUCGACAUUGCAUUUUGUUUUUAAGAAACAAUACUAAAAAUAAAUUCAUGUCUUCAAUUAUUAAAGACUAUACAAAUGAAUCAAAAAAAGAUAUACCCAUUGUCAAGGGCCUACCAGUAGUUGGUACAAUAUUUUCAAUCUUAUUGGCUGGUGGUGGUCGUAAAUUACAUGAAUAUAUUGAUAAGCGACAUCAACAAUACGGUUCAGUAUUCAGAGAAAAACUCGGUCCUCUUGAUGCUGUAUGGAUUAGUGAUCCUUUGGAUAUGAAAUUAUUAUUUGCACAAGAAGGAAAAUAUCCUCAACAUAUGUUACCAGAAGCAUGGUUACUUUAUAAUGAUACAUAUGGCCAACAACGAGGGCUCUAUUUCAUGGAUGGAAAAGAAUGGUGGAAAUAUAGACAAAUAUUGAACAAAAUUAUGUUAAAAGAUUUUAAUAUAAAUUUGAUCAAAUCUUAUAAUACUGUCACUAAUGACUUAUUUACUGAAUGGGAAAACUAUAAUGGACAAGUGAUUCCUAAUCUUAUAGCAGAUUUAUAUAAGCUAUCAAUUUCAUUUAUGGUAGCCCAUUUAGUCGGGAGAGCUUAUGAUGAGUGUAAAAUGCAUGUAUCAAAUGACGUUAACUGUUUAGCUCAAAGCAUUCAAAAAGUAUUUCAAUGUACUGUUAAAUUUACUGUGAUCCCAGCUAAAACUGCAAAAUUAUUAAAGUUGAAUAUUUGGAAUGAUUUUGUGUGUGCAGUUGACAGUUCUAUUGAUAGUGCCAGUAAUUUGGUAUCAAAGUUAUUAAGUUAUAGUGGUGGUGAUGGCUUAUUAAAUUCUAUAUCAAAUACUCAUGACAUACCGAUUGACAUGAUUAAGAGGCUAAUAGUUGACUUCAUAAUUGCAGCUGGUGACACUACUGCUUAUUCGACCCAAUGGGCUUUGUAUACUCUUGGAUUGGAGAAAAGUACACAAAAUAAUUUAAGAAAAUGUUUGUUGGAUACUGAUUUCUUAGAGUGUGAUUUGUUAAAUAAUAUUUUGAAGGAAGUGUUGAGAAUGUAUCCUUUAGCACCUUUUAUUGUAAGAAUAUCUCCAAAUGAUGUAUAUUUAAAAAAUCAUAUAAUACCUGCGAAUAAUUUAAUUAUAAUGUCAAUGUUCACAAGCUGUCGAAAUAGAAAAUAUUUUCAAUGUCCAAAUGAAUUUAAACCAGAUCGUUGGAAUCGUCAGCUAAAUAAUAAAUAUUAUGGUGUUAUUGAACCCUUUGCCACUCUCCCUUAUGGAUUUGGUACACGAUCAUGUAUUGGACAAAAAAUGGCAAAUACACAGAUGUGUUUCACCAUAGCAGAGGAGACGUAAACCUAUUACCUAGAUGGAGUGUGCUAACGUUUUUGGGAGUGAGGAGACAUUACCAAUAUCCAAUCAACAGAUGAGAAAUCGUCCGGGUCGGUGUUUACUAUUUCGUUUUGUUUAAUUAUUUGAUUGCCAUUUACAAUUUUAAUUGGAGUUAUCGGUUUGUUGUUGUAUAGCUUCUUUUGUGGCGGCGAGCGUAGUGACGUGUUAUUUUUGUUAGACAUUUUUUUGCAAUGGUAAUUAAAAAUACGAUUUUUCUUAUCUUGGGGAUGCACAGACCCUCGUAGUGGGUGAGACCUGAAACACUGGUAGUUCGUCUUUUUUUCCCUUUUCAACGGUAUUAAUUUUGUUAAAAAUCGACAAAAUCGUAUAAGUGAAACAUAAAAAAAAAUCGCGGACGUUUAAUAAACAUAUGUGAUUGAU